AUGAAGUUUAUUUUUAAUAAUUCAAUUUUUAAAUUGUUUUUAUUUAUUUUUUUAAGUAUAAUAAACGUUGAAGGUAACAAAAGUUAUGAUCAGUUAGAAUACUAUCCAAAAGGUCCUUUGGUUAAAUGUCAUUUCUUGCCUAUUGAAUUUAUUGAAUGUGAAGAGCCUUUUGAUCAUAAAGGAAAUAAAACAGCUAAACUAGAGGCUGGUUUUGGUUGUUUCGGAGGAACCCGUUACGAAGAAGUUGAAAAAACAAAUGUCUCAUGUACAGUUCUGCCCGACAUUGAGUGUUAUGGUCCAAGGAAAUUCCUACGUGACGGAGUACCCUGUGUAAAAUACAGUGGUCAUUAUUUCACCCUGACCCUGCUUUACAGCAUCCUCUUGGGAUUCUUAGGCAUGGACCGAUUUUGUCUCGGGCAAACUGGGACCGCAGUGGGAAAACUGCUGACCCUUGGAGGUCUCGGUGUCUGGUGGGUCAUAGAUAUAAUUUUACUCGUCACCAACUCGUUGCUACCCGAGGACGGCAGCAACUGGAAUCCUUAUGUAUAA